GAGCAAUCAGAAGUUCCUCCCCCUCCGUGACAUCUAGGCUCGCUGCCAUUCAACGAGCCCAAGGCUUGAUGUAAUUCAAGCCCGAAUAUUUGGCCAUUGACCUCGCAAUACGACAUUUCCGCGAAUCAACGAACGCGCCACACUCAAAGAGCUGUAAUUUUACUUUUACCAGACGAAGUCGAGAAUGACGGACCCCUCGAUGCAAUAGCGACCAUGUCCAACAGAUACGGCCAGCCGUACCGCAACGGCGGCUACGGCAACCUCGACCGCCAGGAUGACGAGUACGACCCGUACCGCGAGGACUAUGGCAGCGACCGUUAUGCGCCAUCGCCCGGGCGGACGAACCCGCGAUCCGCUCCUGCUGCCCGCGGCGCAGACCCCCCGCCGCGGUCUGCCCAGCGAGUCCAGGAGACGAGUGCCGAACGCGAGAUGAGUAAGGUUCUCGAGUUGAUCAAGCGGGAAUGGCCCGCCAUGUGCGAGAGCGACUGCAUCCCCGUCCAGCUCGCCCUGCAGCUGCUCGACACCAGCUCCGUGGGCCGCGCCCACGAGUACCGCGACUUCCAGCGGACGCACCAGUACCUGCAGGACUCGCUCAAGAAGAUCGUACAUGAAUACCACCAGGGCUUCAACAGCUCGAUCGGCACCUUUCACAAGAUUCAGGGGAGCAUACAAACGUCGCAGAAAAAGGUGCGCGCCCUCAAGGAGUCGCUGGCCGCCUCCAAAGCGGCCCUCUGCGCGACAGACCCGGAGCUCAAGAAGCUGCACGCCACGUCCCGCAUGUACGACGGGGUUCUGCAGACCCUGAACGAGCUUGACGAUCUACGGACCGUUCCCGACCAGCUCGAGGCCAGGAUAUCCGAAAAGCGCUUUCUCACCGCGGUCGAGGUCCUCCAGAACGCGCUGCGCAAGCUGACGAAGCCGGAGCUGGACGACAUUGGGGCGCUGAGCGAGCUGCGCAACUAUCUGGCGAACCAGGAGACGGCGCUGAUGGAUAUACUGGUCGAGGAGCUGCACGAGCACCUCUAUCUCAAGUCCCCUUACUGCCAGGAACGGUGGCAGAACCUGGCCAAGUGCCAGGGCGCCCCCGGCGACGCCUUCAAGGACGCGCCUGCUGUGCCCCCCUUCCAUGCCGUUUUGGACGCCAUCGAUUGGGACCGCCCGGUUACCGAGGACCCACACAAGAACCCCGAGGCCGAUACCUUUUAUUACAUCACCUUGCUGGUCGAGUCGUUGAACAGACUAGGGAGACUAGAGUCGGCCGUCGACAUGCUGAAGCAGAGGUUGCCUGUCGAACUGUUCUCUGUAGUCAACGAGACCAUCGACGAGAUCGACCAGAAGCACCCGAGCUCGUUGCGGGGAGGGUCUCAUGGCUCCCACGGGCUACACAUCUACGGCCAGCGCGAGACCCGGAUGAGGGCGGACGUCAUUUACGACCUCUUGUGGACGCUCUAUGGCAAAUUCGAAGCCAUCGCCGAGGGCCACCGCGUUUUCCACGAGUCCAUCAAGGCUCUGAUCCGCCGCGAGGGAGCGGGGAACAACAUUGCGCUGCUGGGCAGCUUCAAAGAGCUCUGGAAUCUGUAUCAGAACGAGAUUCGCUCCUUGCUGCACAACUACGUCACGACGGAUGCCGACGUGUACCAGUUCCGCUCAUCGCCAAGGCCCGGGCUGGGGUUGAACGGAGGCAAGGAUGCAGCUCGGGAGCAUCUCUUCAAGCUCUCCGAGGUUGACGCCAAGUCGCCCGAGAUGGCGACCGAGUACGAGGCCCUGGACGGCAUCAUCCAGGCAGCCGUUCCGGGCUUGACCUCCAACUCGCGGAAGGGCGACAACAAGAAGGGUCUGGUGGUCCCACGAUCGGACCCCACUGUCGCCCGAAAGAGCACGGCUGGUUAUGGCGGCGGUCAAGGCAGCGGAACAUACAAGUCGUUGGUAGAGCCCAGCGUCUUCAACAUGAGCCUAUUGCUGCCGCCCACCCUGAUCUUCCUCCAGCGCCUGAAGAAUAUCGUCCCGCCCGGAUCCGACCUCGCAACGAGCACGCUCACAACGUUUCUCGACAACUUCCUCGUCAACGUCUUUCAGCCGCAGCUCGACGAGACGCUCGCCAAGCUCAGCGACACCGUCUUUGGCGAGGCAGAUGCCUUCUUACAGGACUCGGAAUGGGCACGGGUUGCCAAACGGCCGGUCUUCAAGGGCACGACAGCUUUCUUUACCAUCGUGACGGCGUUCUGCAGAAUGCUCGGCACAAUCCCUCACGACCAGGCACUCAGCUCGCUCAUCAUCACGCAGAUGCUGAGGUAUUACGACAGGUGCUUCACCUGGUACAAGGCGCUAGUCACCAAGACCCAGACAGAAGCAUCCAGCACCCAGGAACUGCGAGCCUCUGCCGUCCUGGCGCUCGAACCGAGCGAAAUACACGACACGAUGCGGAAGCUGUGGGAAUCCGAAGGGGCAGAUCUCCAACUGCUAGAAGAGGAGGCCGAUCUGCUCAUGGCGCGCAGCAAGGAGAAACCGCUCGACGCGAGCGACAUCAUCCAAGACCGCGACACCAUCUCAUCGCUCUGCCUGCUGUACACUAGCAUGAAGUGGCUCUCGGUCAAGAUAUCCGGCCUGCGGCACAUCACCAAAAACGAAACCGACUCGUCCCGCUCCAGCCUCUCCAAGCCCGAAAAGAAGCGCUGGACGCUGCUCAAUGACCCUAACAAGGCCACUGCGGAAGGAGGCCCGGUUUACCUCCCAAUGACGCAAGAAACCGUCCAAUCAUUUGAUGACAUCCUGACCUCGUAUACCUCCCUCGCCACUACGGCUCUCCUAACCCUGCACUCCGAGGUCCGCUGCCGCAUACUCCACUCCCUGCACACGGCCCUCUCGCCGUCUCAGACGGCGCCGUACCUCCUGGACCAGGAGGUGACGGAGCCCGACCGGCAGAUCCUGCAGCUCAACGCCGAGAUGGUGGCCUUUGACGAGACCACGUCGCACAUCCUGCGCGAGCGCGAGGUGCGCUUCCUGCGGACCGGCCUCGGCCUCCUGAUCAACGCCUACCUGAUCCGGAACGCGCCCAUGACGGCGCCGAUGAACAGCAAGGGGUGCGGGCGGAUGCGGCUGAACGUGCUGGUGCUGCAGCAGAACCUGAAGAACAUCGAGGACGGGCCCGGGGCCGAGCUGGCGAGGGCGAUGGAGUACUUCGAGCUGUUUGAACGGGGGCCGGACGGGAUCGUGGCGAGGGCGAGGGAGCAUGCGGAAAAGGCCGGGGGGACGGCCGCUGCUGAUGCUGCUGCUACUGAUGCUGCUGCUGCUGCUGAAGGUGGUGGUGGUGGUGGUGAUGGCGGGAAUGAUGGGGUUGGCGGCGCGGCCGGGCACAAGAAUGCGGCCACGGGGGUCAGGUUCACAUAUGACGAGCUCAAGGCCUUAUUGGAGCUCUGCUAUAGCGAGCAGCUGGCGGAUCCGGAGAGGGGCGUCGCUGCUGCUGCGAAGAGGCAGUUGGCGGAUAAGCUGUUGGGGUUGAGUGAGCAUAUGUGGCAGAGCUAAGUUCUGCCGGUCAAAGUUGUUGUCAAGGUCGGCUGCAGCUCGGGUACGCGUAGAAUUUUUUUUUUUUUUUUUUUUUUGGCUGCAAUAGGGGUUGUGGAGUUUGGGUGGCGAGCGAAAGGGGGCGGUUUCAAUUCUGGUAUGGCAGCAAGUGAAAGCAGGCCAGCCU